AUGGCUUUUGCCGCAAGGCUGAAUCUGAGAAUGCAGAAAGAGAUUAAGCUCCUACUGGAUGAUCCACCCCAUGGGGUUUCUCUUAAUCUUUCUGAAGAUGAAAAUGUCUUAUCAUCAUUAUCAAGUAUUGAAGCCAGAAUUGAGGGCCCUGAGGGGACGGUUUAUGCUAAUGGAGUUUUCAUUCUGAAGAUACAAAUUCCUGGAAGGUAUCCUUUUCAACCACCCAAUGUGACUUUUGUUACUCCCAUUUAUCAUCCCAAUAUUGACAAUGGAGGACGCAUUUGCCUUGAUAUUCUGAAUUUACCCCCAAAGGGAGCCUGGCAACCGUCACUCAAUAUUGCUACUGUUUUGACAAGUAUUGGCUUGCUGCUAAGUGAUCCAAACCCGGAUGAUGGGUUGAUGGCUGAAAUAAGUCGAGAAUACAAAUACAACAGACAAGUUUUUGACAUAAAUGCUCGGUUAUGGACAGAGAAGUAUGCUAGUCCUGCUGCUGUUGGUGCUAGCGGUUGGGGUUCUGUAGAUGCUGGUGUCCUGGCACAGAAUAUGCAAAUGGAGGGCACAGAUAACCUGAGAUCAUUGCCAAAUACUUCUCAAAAAGUUUGUGAAGGGAGUCAAAGGAAGAUGUGGUUACUGGGACAAAAGUUAUCACUAAAGUCUGAAAGAUCUGACGAGAGUAUGAAAACUGUCAAGCAAGAUCCAGUUGCUAGCCACUUACCAUCCAUGGCAGGAUCCACCUAUCCUAAUGCUUGUUUUUCUGAUGCUUCAGGCAGACAGAAUGAUACAUCAGAGAACAUGUCUGUCAGUACUGCUAGUGGAGUGGUUUCAAAGAAAGGUCACCAAGGCAGUAAAAAGGAUUUGCAGUUACCUGGCCAGAGUCUUUCUGUUACCUCAGAAGCCCCUUUCAAAAGCAGUGAUGGCAGUGAUAUGUUACCUAAUCAUCUUCCAACAUAUGCAUCUGGUGCUAAAGAUCACGCCAUGCAAUCUUCUGAUGGCAUUUUAGAGAAUAGUUUGGCAAGGAGAAUUGGUGGAUCUUCAGCUAGUGCGUAUAAAGCACCAGAAGGAAACCGAAGGAAUAUCAGAGCACUGAAGUUGUCACUGAAAUCAGUAAAUCCUGAAAAGAAAAAUGAUGAUCAAAAUGAAAAUAUGGCACCAAACCAUCUGUCUUCACAGUCAGGAUUCAGCAAUUUGCAGAAAAGACCCUUAGAUGCUGUUUCAAGGAAAAAGUUCAGUGGGGGUCCUGCACUGGUUCAACAGAAUCCUAACACUGAACAGCAACUGUCAAACACUAAUAUGGUAUCAAAUCAAACUGAACAGCAACUGUCAAACACUAAUAUGGUAUCAAAUCAAGAGUGCAAUCAAGGUCUAAAGAUGCAACGUAGGAGGCUGUCACUGAAAUCUGAGCUACCUAGAGUGGACAAUGCUUGUGAAAAGGAUUCUAAGCCACCCAAUCAUCCCCUAAGCGAUAAGAAACUCAAUGAACUGCCAUCAGCAGCAGCAAUCCCCAAAGGUGAGCCCGUGGCACCCAAUGAACUCCCAUUGUCGGCACCAGCAGUUCUGAAAAGUCAAUCCAAGGCUCUUGGCUUUGCUGGUGGACAGAAAGACUCCAGCUCAGACAAUUCCUCCGCCAAAGAAAACACAGUUGCCAUCGAGAAGGUCAUCGUUUCAGAUAGUGAAGACAGCGCGGACGAACGUGAAAGGCCCCCAAGAUCAAGGCUAUCAUUGAUGCGGAGACGAUUGGCUGGAAAGUUCUGA